AUGCCUUCAGAACGACCGCUAAAGCGACGGCGGAGUAGAGUUGGCACAGCCGAGCCUGAAAAUAUUGCUAACAAUGGCGAUGACUGCGCAGCGCCUGAGCGGCGAGCUGUAAAUCAACACCUGCGGGGUCCGAGCUCUCCGACUCAGAAACAGAAGCGGUCGGCAGAAAGCGCAAACUUGGCUGGCGAUGUGGUAGCUCUGGCGUCCUCGCCACUGCAAGAGGCGGUGUCCACGCGGCAUCCUUCCCUAGCGCCUCGAGUGUUUGGCGCACGUUACCGUUGUAACUACUGUUCACGUGACAUCUCAAACUGCACGCGCAUCACAUGUGCAGUGUGUCCGGACUUUGAUCUCUGUAUCAGCUGCUUCUCGGUAGGAGCGAGCGUAUAUCCCCACGAGGCGUCUCAUCCGUAUCGUGUCGUUGAGUACGUGAGUAGACCGGUGUUCUCAACGGAGUGGAGCGCGGAAGAGGAGCUGCGGUUGCUGGAGGGUCUCGAGAUGUAUGGCCCCGGUAACUUCCAGCUCGCGGCAGAAUACGUUGGAACCAAGUCGAAAAUCAAGUGCGAGCAACAUUAUUUGGAAGUAUACUUGGACGCGGUCGAUACCGCCCCGCUGCCGAAUCCAGAGCGGAUUCUCUCGGAGACGCGAGCACCGCAUCCAUCACUGCCGCCUGGCACUGCACGGUCUGCUGCGGUCGCGCGGGAGCUUGCGCUCACUGCUGCUGCGGCAGCCAGCCUGAACCCAGCGCUGGCUCGCCUAAUACACGCGUAUCCGGUCACUGGUGAUGCGAAAACAACUGCUGCGGACAACUCGAGAACCUCGAAAGCGUCGCGUUUUCCAGAAGCCAGCGUUGCCACUGGCGAAUUGGACCAUGCGGCGGCGUCGCUGUCGUCACCUGCUACUUCACAAAGCGAUGGAAUUCAGACACCGAAAGCGUCGAACGAUGCCAGGUCACAAGACGGCAGUCAGGGCAUGGUGAAAGGGCCAACUUCGGGUGACUCUCCGGAAACAGUGACGUGCGAUGCCAGUUGGCCGCAGGGCUUGUCGGACGAUACACCAGAGGUACGGAUUUCUCCGCCGGGUCGCCCGAGAAAAGGUGAUAUAGCGGGCUAUAUGCCGAAACGCCAGGAUUACGAUGUGGAGCCGUUCCAGAACGACGCGGAGCUACUCAUUGCUGACAUGUAUAUCACUGAUGAGGAUACGGCGGAGGAGAGAGAACUUAAGCUGCGCAUUUUAGAAAUCUAUUCUUUCUGGUUGGACGAGCGGUCGAAACGCAAGACCGUCGUUGAGCAGCGCGGUUUCACGGAUCUUCCAGCCGCACGUGCUCGUGAGCGGGCAAAGUCCCCUCUCGAACGACGGGUGGGCAGGCUUCUUUUGCCGUUCGUACGCCUUACCAUUGGCCAAGGAUUACAGUUCGACGAGUUCGCACAACGCUUGGUCACGGAGGUGUGUCUUGCUCGCGAAGUUACAGAAAUCUGGGAGGCGCUGCGCUCUGGCGUCCGGGACUUGAGCGAGUUUGAGCACUGGAAACGCGAACGUCUUUUGCGGGAGCGGUUGCACACAACGCCAUUCCCUGUCGACGUGGCAGAGCCGCCGGUUCGUCCUGCUGAAUCAACAGGUGCGCUGGUGAGCAACACAUUCCAGAUCGUGCCAGAGAGCGCGGCGCCCCGCAGACGUCGCGGUCGACCGGUACGGAUUCGCACCGAGGAGGCCGCGCCUGGAGCUGCAGUUGUGCUGUCGAACGCCGAGCAUCGAUCAGGCCUCUCGACCAGUGAUCGCAGAACGCCCACUGUGACAACUUUAACAACCGGUACCCAGGCUUUGGCGAUGCGGGUAUUGCAGAGUGAAUCCGCUGCCGAGGUUACGAGCUGGUCGAGUAUCGUGCAUCGACAGCAAACGCCCCAGCCUCGGGGUGCAGCGCCCUUGUCGGGUAGCAGCGAUUCGUCGCCCACACCCAAUCUCCUGUUCGUCGAUAACUGGCCGAGCGCAAAACGUUUGAGCCCCCUCGAAAAGGAGCUCUGUGCUAUUCUGCGUCUGGUACCGGAUCGUUUUCUCGAAAUUCGCACGGUGAUCGCAAAGCAUUGGAAGGAGAUGUCCGAACAGAGCGUCGGCAGCGCGCAUGCGGGCGGAGCUCAAGAUCCGCUGCCUGCUAUGCGACUUGCGCUUGAUUUGCGACCGCGAACGGGUGCUGCAACGCAGCACCAGCAGCACCAGCAGCACCAGCAGCACCAUGCACCAGGGACGCCAUCAUCCGGUCGUAGUGAAACGCUGGCGGAAAUGCAGCCCGUUGCCACCGAGCGGAUGCGUUCAAACGAACAAGCAUCGUCGGGCUCGUCGCAGCCGGCGGAUAUGCACAUCAGCGGCCGCGAAUCGCGUACUCCUCGGCCAUACACGAGGCAUGAGCGUGAACGUCAUCACCGCCGCAAAGCGAGCGGCCAAUGA